AUGAUCACCCACGGCAUCAAGACCAGGGCAUCUUCUGACACCGACACAGAGCUGUUUCGGGAGGUGGUUCAACAUGUGUCCUUCUGUCAGCAGAAGUGUAGCGCCUUCCAUGGGAGAGAGGCCAUUCUGAAGGUAGGUUCCAUGACGGUGGGCGCCAUUCUGAAGAUAGGUUCCAUGACGGUAGAUGCCAGUCUUAAGGUAGGUUCCAUGAUGGUAGAAGCCAUUCUGAAGAUAGGUUCCAUGACGGUAGACGCCAUUCUGAAGGUAGGUUCCAUGAUGGUAGACGCCAGUCUUCAGGAAGGUUACAUGAUGGUAGACGCCAUUCUGAAGGUAGGUUCCAUGAUGGUAGAAGCCAUUCUGAAGGUAGGUUCCAUGACGGUAGACGCCAGUCUUAAGAUGAUACACAAGUACGUGACGGGCGAUUCUGACAGCCCACUAACGGUCUUUGGUGUGUCUGGAAGCGGGAAGACGUCGGUGGUUGCCAUGGCAGCAAAGGAGGCGUCAGAGACACAAGAUGAUGGGGUCCUGAUUGUAAGGUUCAUUGGCACCACGCCAGAAAGUUCCUCCGUUUGCAGCCUUCUGAGGAGUAUCACGUCCCAAGUGUGGACCAUAUAUGGGCAUGAGGUGCACGACUUGCCGUCAGACUUGAAGGAGCUGAAUGGGGUGUUCUACCAGGCUCUGCAGCUGGCCCAUGAGAGUAAACCUCUGGUGGUGCUCCUGGACUCUCUUGACCAACUGGACAACUCGGACAAUGGUAGGCAGCUGACCUGGCUGCCCACGCACCUGCCGCCGCACGUAAAGCUGGUCGUGUCCACUUUACCGGAGAGCCAGCACGAGUGUCUACAGAGGCUUCAGGCAAUGGUGACGUCCAGAGGCCACUUCAUACAAGUGCCCAAACUACCUGACGGGGAAGCGACGGGUAUUCUGGACAAGUGGCUGGAGACAGCCGGAAGGAAACUGACCAAAGGCCAGAGGGGGGUCAUCAACGCAGCGUUCCGGCAGUGUCCACUGCCCCUCUUCCUGAAGCUUGCGUUCGACGAGGCGCGGCGAUGGCGGUCUUUCACUCCUGUGGACGAGACGGUGUUGGAGACAACAGUGAGGGGGUGUAUCAAGACUCUCUUCCUGAAGCUGGAGAGAGCUCAUGGCAGGAUGUUCGUGUCCAGAGCCCUGGGAUACCUGACCAUUAGUAGACGUGGUCUGACUGAGACCGAGCUGGAGGACAUCCUCUCUUGUGACGACGACGUCCUGAACGACGUGUACAUGUACUGGACGCCUCCCAUACGACGACUACCGCCACUGCUGCUGGUCAGGCUGAAGACAGAAUUCAGCCAGUACCUAGUGGACAAGGGAGCCGAUGGGGUGAGGGUGUUCUUUUGGUAUCACCGGCAGUUUAUCGAAGCCGCCUAUGAACGCUACUGCAGCGACGACGGUGACCAACAGAAGAUGCAUGCCGCCCUAGGCGACUUCUUCUCCGGCGUUUGGGCCCAUGGUGUACAGAAGCCGUACACAGACAAGCAGGGCACUGACCGGAAGGCCGAUCGUCACGUGACUGCGCAGCAACUCAGAUUCGGUGACUCUUACAACCUGCGUCUCCUGAACAACCUGCCCUUUCACCGACUCCGGGCCGGACAGGUGGCGCUGCUCAAACAGGAGUGUCUCUGUAACUUCAGCUUCCUGCAGGCCAAACUGGUGGCUUCAGGGCUCAGGCAAGUUCUCGAGGAUUUCCAGGACGCCAGGAACAUGUUCAGUGAGGACAGCGCCAUUUCAACCAUAGGUGAUGCACUUCAGCUCUCCCAGGGGGCGCUCAUCAAGUACCCAUAUGAACUGCCAUCGCAGCUGCGUGGCAGGAUCAAAGAGGACAAGGAGUUGCGUCCCUUCCUACAACAGUGCGACGACUCUCUAGCUGGGUACCUGGUAACGAACCAGCCAAUCCUGACCCGACCUGGAGGUCAGCUCGUGCACUGCCUGGCCGGUCAUAAAGACGAUAUAACUGGCCUCACUAUCACGUGUGACGGGGAAUAUGCUCUCACAUGUUCAAGAGACAAGACAUUGAAGGUCUGGGAUGUAUAUGGAGGAAAGUUGUAUCAGUCCAUCGACAACGUGGGUGAGGACCCCGACGCCAUCAGGCUGUGUUUAAACGACCGUCUGGCUCUUGUCAACCCAGAUGGUGCCAUACAGGCGUAUGAAAUCAGUACCGGAAACAGGAAGUACACCAUACAAGUUGACUUGAAGGCGCAGUUCUGCUGCGCAGGACCAGGGGAGACAACUGUGGCUGUAUUCACCCUCAGCACGGUGCAGCUGUACCGCGCCAAUGAUGGUCAACUGACGCAGGAAGUGCAGUGCCCGUAUGCAGGAGGAGAUAUCACUAUUGGAGAUGUGGGGCCCAGUGCGGGCAGCGGUAACUACCUUGUCACCACGGAUACGGAACAACGUCACCUGUUUGUAUUCAACGUCCAAACUUCGACCUUCACCUUCAUGAAGGACGUCUUUUCCGCUGGCGACAACGACAGCGGAGAGUCACGAGAAGAGAUGGCAACUGUUGAUGCUCUUGCCCUCAUCGACGACGGCCGCACCAUCGUUGUAUCCAACAUGUUCAGCAACGACCUUCAUUUGUUAGACAGUGUCACUUUGGAAGAAAUGCGCGUGCUUAAGGGAUCUCAACGUGACAUCCUGGAGAAGUUCCACGUGACUCCAGAUUUCCGCUACGUCUACUUCGCCAGCUUCAACAACAUCGUGGCCUGGGACGUGCCAUCAGAGGAGAGACACGCCAUCCUCGGACACCACACUAGUUACCACGACGUGGCGACGGCGGACAUGGAGCUGGUGGUGACGACGGGGAAGACCAUGUGCCGCUUCGCCGUCCUCGACAACCCCCGUUACGUCGUUCUAGUCGGAUCAUACGACGUCUCCCGCCGCUUCCUGAACGUGUACGACCUGGUGACGUGCGCAAAUGUCCGAAAGAUGCAGGUGAAUGCGGAUAUCAAAGACUUGGUUGUCCUUGACAACCACCGAGUGAUGGUGAGAGUCGGUCGGAAGCUGAAAAUCGUCGACUUUUCCAAGAUGGCUGUCACUGUAACAUUUCAAGGACAACUUCCGCUCGGGUCGUACAGGGACUUCUGUGUAGUGAAGCCAAGGAAGGAGGUCGUGUCUGUCACCAGAGGGCGCCGCAACAUCAAAGUGUACAAGACAGCCACAGGGAAAGUGUCCCACGUGAUCAAGUCCGAGGAAGAACAGCGGCUCAUAUGUGUUCUGGUGCGUGAGUCCUUUGUCGGCUGUAAACCCGCGAACAAAUCCGGCACAACUCUCAUAGCGGAAACAGAGGAAGGGACAUAUCUUGUAUUUGACCUCAACACACAGAGGUUCCGGUACAAGUUUGACCCCGUGACCUUGAACUUCAGGGAGACAUACACGGAUGGUGCGUGCGUCACAGAAGAUGGUCGAUUCUUCAUCUUUAACGCAGAGAUGAUGACAGAAGAUGACUCAGCACCCAGUAGGAUCUACGUCUGGAACAUCAGCAAACGUGUGCUGGAGCAUGAACUUACUGAUAAGGGUACAUACGAGAUGUUCAUGGAUACCGGUGACAUCUACUACGACACCAGCGUGGACAGUUUCAUUUUCAUGCCGCCUUCGUCAGUACUCGCCAACCUCAACGACGGUCGGAUGAGGCUCUAUGACACCGUCUCAGGCCAUGCAAGUGCCCGGAUGUGUAUACCGGAAGCUGGCCCCUACGUUUUGACACGAGGCACGUGGGUUGAAGACCGGACGUUCAGACUGCUGGACCGGAAGACGUUCCAGAGCGUAGCCACUUUCACACCGGACUUUAAUCUGGCUGAGCUGUUCCUCACCAGCGACGGCCAUCACUGCGUCGGCUUCUUCCCCAACUACCCCGACCCCGUGGUAUGGACGCUGAGGGACUCGAACGCCCAGAAACGACAAAAGGGAUACAAACCACUCUCCGCCUUCACAAGUAUCUAUGGAGACAAAGUGCCUGUCGUUGUGGCAUACCUGGAAACCGCUCAGGACAGCAGGGACGACCCAGGCGACCCCGACACCGACGUGGACGAAACAGAAGACGACGUGAUCGACGAAGACGACGCGGAUUUUGAUGAAGACUGGUAUUGA